AUGCCCCACAGCGAGGAGACCAGGAUGUUCUGCAAGUCGCUCACACAGCUCUCGCGCAUAGCAGACCAGUUCGUCAAGCAGGACGGCGAAAACCUCGACAUGGAAACGCUCCUUCAGGAGUGUAUCGACACCCUAGUCAACUACCAGGACGAGUGCAAGAAGGUGCGCAAGCUCGGUCCGGGCCCCGACACGCGGGACCCGGCCGUCUUCGAGGCCUACGAGUCCGCGUACGUCUACUACAAGAUCGUCUCGCAGAUCGUGCUCAACAAAAUCCCAGAUCUGCCCCAGUUCGUGCAGGCCAAGGACUCCGCGAAAAGCCAGAAGGAGCGCGGUCUCCUCGAGGUCUACAACAUGCUGCUCAAGACCCUGCUCACGGACGAGAAGAUAGGGGAGCUGCGCAAGUUCCUCAAGGACCACUCGCGGCCCGAGCCCCGGCAACACAAAAAGGGUGCCGGCGACGUUUCAAAAACCUGGGCGAACGGUCAAGCCAUAUCGCCCUCGGAGCUACAGUCUCUGCUUGGAGCCCAAAACGCCCUCCUGAUAGACCUUAGGCCUCGCAUAAAAUUCGUGGAGUCCCACAUCAAAACCGAUAAAAUAAUGUGCAUAGAACCUAUCUCUUUCAAGGACAGCUACUCAGACACCGAGAUAACCCGGAGGUCGCUCAUAACCUCGCCCAACGAGGAGGUCCAGCUGUUCCAAGAAAGAGACAAGUUCGACUACAUCGUAAUAUACACCGACGAACACGACAGAACUCAGUUCUGCAAGCAGAAACAAGCAAGCCUUGUGGACCUCUUGGUGAACCGAUCCUUUGAAAAGCCGCUCCAGCGCACAAUCAUACUGACACUGCAAGGUGGCUUCGAAAACUGGUGCCGCAACCGCGGCCCCUGCGACAAAUCGGAAUCCUCAGAAGAAACGAACUUCGCAAGCGAAUAUGGCGUCCCGCCUCUCAUUCCUAAAAUACUCCCCGCGCUGCGGCCCAUCCCUCCCUCGGCACAGGAUCCGCUGAGCGUGAAAGGGGGUAUGACCCUCAACACAAGCCUGACCCACGACAAACCGCUCAAUACACAGCCUUUCCCUGAACAACAGCAGCCCAGGCUCAAGCGAACUUCGAGCUUCAAAGACAAGUUCUCAAGCUUGACCCCAUCCCGCUCUCGCGCUGGCAGUCCGUCUUUGCAGUCCCCGACUAUAUUACAUACGGACUCUACCACGUACCCGGAUGCUCCCCAGCUUGCCCCCUCCUCCGUUCAACUUAAUGCGUUGUCUCAACUGCAGCCUAUCCACUCAAGAGCUGUGACUCCACAGUCGAAGAGCUUGUCGCCGCCCCGCUACAACGUAAAUGGCAGUGGCCAGUUGACUAGCGAUCUGAUGGGCCACUCCCCUUCUCCGCCAAAGCCCGUUAUCUUUCCAGUUAGUUCCCAAUCUUCGGUCGCUAAUUAUCAGAAUGGAAGCAAGCCCCUUACAAGGCGCAACACCAAUUUCACCGUUGGACUUACAAACCUGGGCAAUUCGUGCUAUAUGAACUGCAUCAUACAGUGUUUACUUGGAACCCAUGAGCUUACGCAGAUCUUUUUGGAUGAUUCUUACAAAAACCAUGUUAAUCUUAACAGCAAAUUGGGCUCUAAGGGAGUGCUUGCAAAGUAUUUUUCGCAGUUGAUUCACACAAUGCAGCAGCAGGCUGCGUCAGCGUCAACCAAACAGAAUUCAGGCGAUAAGACCGCUGUUCAGCCACUUCAUUUUAAAGUCGCAUGCGGCUCCAUCAACUCUCUUUUUAGAAGUUCUUCUCAGCAGGACUGUCAAGAAUUUUGCCAAUUUUUACUGGACGGAUUGCAUGAAGACCUUAACCAGUGCGGCGGGAACCCCGCGUUGAAGGAGCUUUCAGAAGAAGCAGAGGGAAUACGUGAGAAGCUCUGUAUGAGGAUAGCAAGCUCUAUUGAGUGGGAGAGAUAUCUAACUACCGACUUCAGUGUGAUUGUUGAUUUAUUUCAAGGACAGUACGCUUCGCAGCUUACGUGUAAAGUUUGCGGCCGGACCUCGACGACCUAUCAGCCCUUCUCAGUCCUCUCAGUUCCAGUUCCCAGUGGUUCCAAGUGUGAUAUUAUAGAUUGCUUCAAGGAAUUCACUAAAGUGGAAACUCUGGAAAAGGACGAGCAAUGGUCUUGUCCCCGGUGCAAGUGUAAGCAGCCAUCCACCAAGAAAAUUACAAUAACAAGGUUACCUCGCAACCUUGUAAUUCAUCUAAAAAGGUUUGAUAACCUGCUUCACAAAAACAACAUUUUUGUAUCGUACCCUCACACGUUAGACCUUACGCCAUUUUGGGCUAAUGACUUUGAUGGAAGAUUACCACCAGGUGUGGCUGAACUCCCAACCAGAGGCCAGGUACCUCCAUUUAACUACAACUUGUAUGCGGUGGCUUGUCACUUUGGUACGCUUUAUGGGGGACAUUAUACUUCGUACGUUGACAAGGGUGACAAAGCUGGGUGGUGUUACUUCGACGACACAAGCUGGAGGAAGGCCAAAAGUCAAGGUGAAUGCAUCACCCUCAGUGCGUAUGUGUUGUUUUAUCACCGUAAAUACAAUGUUUCUUAA